AUCUGUGUAUACUUGCGUUUCACCAUCUUCCGAUUAACAGAAAAGAAGGUGGUCACUCCAAGUUGCUGAAAAUCUGUUGCCUUUGGGUCUCUCAGUGACUCAAGGUGGCAUGUUGGUUUCUUCAUUAUUGCCAUGUCCCAAAGUCUGAAUGCUCGCUUUGUGCUUUUACCGAGGGCAAAGAGCUGAAAUCAGAAUGGCAAAGGCAACAGAGAUUCCGGCACACUCAGAGGAGUAGAUUUGAGAGGAAGACCACCUUCUCC